GCCGGCGCCGUGAGGGGGUCGCGGUCGUUCGGUCGCGCACGUUGUAUGCAUUUGCCAGUGCUGCGCGAAGAGCGUAUGUAGUUUGUGGUAUUUUUAAGGUGACUAGAACUGUCACGCAGCCGGCCUCAAAAUGUCAAAUCAAGCAUGGGUAACGCUAGCCACAAACGAUUCCUACAGUCUUGGAGCGCUGGUGCUGGCGCAUUCAUUGCGUGGAGUCGGUUCGGCAUAUCCAGCGGUGGUGCUUAUUACACCUUCCGUUACUGAGUCUAUGAGAGAGAGACUUCGCGCAGUAUUUGCUGAGGUGGUAGUAGUUGAUGUGUUGGAUUCCCGUGACGCCGCCCACCUCGCACUGCUGCAGCGGCCAGAACUAGGCAUUACCUUUACAAAGAUCCAUUGCUGGAAUCUCACGCAAUACGAGAAAGGCGUCUUCCUUGAUGCUGAUACUCUGGUCGUCCAAAAUUGCGAUGAACUGUUCGAUCGUGAAGAGCUAUCUGCUGCACCUGACGUCGGCUGGCCCGACUGCUUCAAUUCUGGUGUUUUCGUAUUCAAACCGUCCGCUGAAACUUUUAGCAACCUUAUCACAUUCGCGUCUGAACGUGGCAGCUUUGAUGGUGGUGACCAAGGUCUUCUCAAUUCCUAUUUCUCGGAUUGGGCACACGGUGAUAUCAACAAACAUCUACCAUUCCUUUACAAUGUCACAUCCGCCGCAUUCUACUCAUAUUUACCCGCCUUGAAACACUUUGGCCAAAAUUUAAAGAUAAUCCACUUUAUUGGAGCGGCCAAGCCGUGGCUACAGCAGUUUAAUUGGGAAUCUCGAUCCGUUCAAGCGCCAGAACAUUUGAGUAAUUUCUUGCAACUCUGGUGGGAUAUCUUCGUUGCUCAAGUUCAUGCACAGCUAGAUGUAAAUAUGGAUAACAUAGAAGACGACUCAUCGGUGGUACAUCAACAAGAAAUUGCCAAAUUUAGAGAACCAGUUUUCCAUAACAUUUACUAUGAGCCAAUAUUAGAUCCAGAUUCUGAAUUUCCAUGGCAUCACCCGGAUAAUCAAAAUCUCGAUUCUGAAAUAAAUAUACCAGAAAUUGAUAUGAGUCAGUUCCACGAUCCGUGGAAUAUUUACAGAGGACAUAUUCCGCCUAGCACAGAACAAUCUACACCAACUGAACAAACAAUAGAUGAUUAUCAGGAUAUGAGAAAAUAUGCAUGGGAUUACAUGCCACCACAACAGGAGUACCGUAAAUCUGAUAGUAGUUACAGCUGCGAACAAAAAUCUCCGGAUCAUUACCACUUACACGAGCAUAACGAAAUAAGCAGUACGUACUCAAACAGCCACCACUCUGAACAUAAACACCAAUCACACUUUUCACCUUUUCAUUCUGAAUCUCAUAAUUUUCAGCAACAUUCCGAACAUUAUUAUAAUAAUAAUUUAAGCGAUAGUGCUCAGCUACACUUACAAGAUACACAAAUGACAUUACACAACUCCGUCGAGCAGCAACAAACUAACCACCAAGAGCCGCAUCAUUUUCAUGAACAUCACUACACUUACAUUGAUCGGGCAGAAAAUAAUGAAAGCAAUUUAAAUGUACAGAAUAAUGAAUCUCAAAAUAAUAAUCACGUCUCGAAUAUACCUAAUAGUGUUCACGAUAACGAAGGAUCCAUAAAACAUAAAAAGUGGAAUAGGACCUUUCCUUCUCAGUAUGAACAACAAAACAAAACGGAGCAAGUAUAUACCGUGAUGAUGGAUCACGUCAGAAUGCGAUGUCAACAUUCAUCAGAAAUAAAAGAUAAUGGAUAUGAUUCCGAUAGCGAUAGUGAUGUUUAUGAGGAACCAAUACCUCGGCACCCAUACGAUGGCUUUUACUUAAGGCACAGAAUGACUAUAGACUCACGCGGGCGUAAGGUCUGCAUCCAUGAAAUACCAUUUAUUCCACGUUCGCCAACACCAGAGAGCUCAGAAGAAUUUGAAGAUGCUUUAGAAACAAUCUCAGAGGGUAGUAACGAUAAGUCAAUAAAUUACGAAGAAAUUCAAACUGGUGUUGCGGCUAACCUGGCACGUGUCGUUCCCGGCGCACCGCUGCAACAAGAGGCCGUAGACGAACUAGCGAGGCGGCAAGGGUGGGAGGCUGGAAACAUAGAUUAUAUGGGAGCAGAUUCAUUUGAUAAUAUAUGGGCGAAAAUAUCACAAACUCUAUCACUCAAUCAACCAGCCUCUCAAUCUGAGCAAGCAGCGGAAUCGCAAUCCGAACCUGCAGCACAACAAGUUGGAGAGACGGUAGCGGGUUCAGCAGUCGAGGCUGUUUCGGAAAAGCAAACAGUAUUAUCCGCACUAGAAAAGGAGGUUACAACUUCAACUGCGAAGAUUGAGGCUGAAGUUCCUAAAUCGACAGAAUCUGAAAUAAUGGAUUCUGUUCCUGCAGAAGUUUCAACGCUAUCCAAGGAACCGGAACCAGCCGAAAUUCCAGUUCCACCAAGCGAAGCUAAACCGUCAGGUAAAAUAGAAGAAUCAAUUCCAGUUCCGGCUGAGGUGGCAGCAGAAGUUACUGAAAUAGUGGAUGUUGUUGUCCCUGUAGAAUCCUCAAGUCCUAUUGUUGUAACUGAACAGCCCGAGCAAACUGAAAUACCAGUUACUGCCUUAGAAGCGUUAAAAAUCGAUGAACCUAUCCCUGAAGCUCUUCUACCGGUAACAGUUGUAGAACAGCCGCCGGUACCAGAGCCAACUCCAGAAGUUCCCGCACCCAUACCAGAGGCAGCUGAAUUAAGACCCGAAACACCAGCACCUACCGAAGCUGGCUCUGACAGUCCACCAUUAGCUAAUACACCAUCCAAGGAAGAAAUCCCUAAGGCACCAAUUGCCAAAUCGGAGGAGCGUCGCAAGCCGGUGGGCAAGUUGCAGCUGCGGCCGCCCGUAGCGACGGACCCGCUGUCUACACCCGACAGCGAGCUGGAGGACGCCGCCACGCUCGCGCACGCCAUCAUCGCCGGCGAGCUGCGCACACCCACCGUCACCGCGCCCUCGCCGCCCGCACACUCACCCGCCACCCCCGCCGUCCCUGCCGAGCAACUCUCUCGCCUGUCCAUCCAGGAGCCCGAGGUGCCCACCCCGCCCGUCGGCUCCGUCGCACUCUCGCAGAUCGGCGUCAAGCCGAAGCCUUCCACUGCCGCUCAGAUCGAGUCAUCGGUCUCCGCAAAGACAGAGGUCGCUCCGAAACCAGCCGAGGCGUCCGACGCGCCCAAGAAGAAGAUAGUCAAGAAGGUGCUCAAGAAGGACAAGGAGGGCGUGACGAAUGCGGAAGCGCCGGUGCCGCCGCCACGCAAGAAGGAAAAGAAACCUAAAGAGAAAUGAGUGCCCGCCCCUCGCUCCCGAUAGUUCCUCUGUGCCAUAAUUGUAGCCUCACCUCAAUGUUAUUAUUUAAUUUCAAUUUGCUUAUUUUGUAUACGUGUAAUCUUUUUAUAUAUGAUUAUGAAUAAUACUUAAUAAUACUCGCUACUACACGUCCGUUAUUGAAUUAAAAUGAUGUAUCUACGGUUUAUAAUUUCUAUUACAUAUUAUGCCAAUGUGUUAUUUUAAAAAGUGAUGUAUUUGGUUUUUAAGAUUUGAUAUAUAAUAAUUACCAAAGCAUGACACGUAUUUAUUAAAACAAAGUGUUAUAAAAAUAUUUGUAUUAAAGUAUAUUUUUAAACGA